UACCCGCAGGGGCCCCCGGAGAGCAGCGGUCUACCACAGUCUAUCACUGUGGUUAACUGGCGCUGUUCUGCUUCACACCGCUGUCUGGAGACAGUCUGGUACUCACUGUAAUUCUGAUCAUGAUGGGGUGCGGCAGGGCGGCCCCAGCCUGGCUGAAGGUUGUGGGCGGCCUGUGGGCGGUGUGGGCGCUGGUGGCCCCACGCCCAGUGGGCGGCUACAACCUCUCUCCCGCCCACUCCAGGAGGAUGGACGGUCCGCCAAACUCACAUUUCGGGUUCAGCGUCGCCCUCUGGUCGGACGACGCCAGUGUUAAGAGGGUGGUGGUGGGAGCCCCACGGGGGAGGAACGGCACCUCGGGGCGAGGGCAGGUCACCUUGGGCAACAUCUUCUUCUGCGACGUUGACGGACCCGUUGUCUGUCGACCUGACGCCAGGCUCCCCACCGUCGCCACAGCUGACUUCAGCGAGGCGGCUCUGGACGUCCUCGGGGAUCCGCAGGUGACAGCGGAGCUGGAGGAGAAGAAGGCUGGGUUAGGGAGGCCUAAGAACGUCAUGGGAUUUGGUCAUUCUUUGUCCACACUGAAGCAAGAAGCGUCCCUCCUCGCUGCCUGUGCCCCCCGUUACCCAAGGUACGAAGACUCCAGUAUACAGGUUCGAGGGGCGUGUUACAUUACCUCCAGCCCUGACUCACCGCCCAAGCUGCUCCUUCCUUGCUCUAAUCCGGCCGCCCAGCUGAACACAUUCCAGGAUGCCAUGUUGGGCUUCAGUGCUGCUCUUGACGACACGGGUAGUCGUGUGGUGAUGGGGGGACCGACUGCUUACUCCGGCGAAGGAAUGGUCUUCUCAAGCGCUAUCAAGGCCAGAGGAGGGCGCCCCGCGAACCGUUUGUCAAGCGGUCUUCAGGAGCCCAAGAAUCUGGACCACACCGACUCCUACGAGGGCUGGGCGCUGGUGCUCGGCAACUUUGACAACGGGAGCCACUCCAUCGCUGUCUCCACCGUCAAUUAUGGCAGUUACAUCGGCAGGGUGAACAUCUACCCGAAGGCGAUGACAGCUAACAUCCGGCCACUAUACACAGUGUACGGGCAGGAGGUGGGGGCGCACUUCGGCUACUGUCUGGGGUCAGCAGACGUGGACGGGGAUGGCGCCGCAGACCUCCUAGUGGGAGCUCCUCUGUCUGCUGGAGGAGUGGCAGGCUCCCUCCUUCCUGACGCCGGCAAGGUUUAUGUCUAUUACGCUCCCAUGGUCAAGGCCGUAGACAAGCGCCCACCAACACAGUUGGCGGGGGUGGAGGCUUGGGGUCGCUUCGGGGCCGCCAUUACUUCCCUGGGCGAUAUUGACCAAGACGGAUAUCAUGACAUUGCAGUAGCGGCGCCUUAUGCAGGUGUGGACGGACAGGGCGCUGUUUAUGUCUUCAACGGCGGAGUGGACGGUCUCCGUCUACCCCACUCACAGGUGAUAGAGGCGUCCGUUUUCUCGGGCAAGAUGCGUGGCUUCGGCUUCAGCUUAGAUGGCGGCCUCGACAUCGAUGACAAUGGCUACCCAGACCUCAUUAUUGGUGCCGCGGAAUCGGACACGGCCUUGCUGAUAAGGUCAGCGCCGGUGAUCAGGUUGGUAGGCAGUGUGACCUUCGCCUCAGAGACGAUAAUGGCCGAGGACAACAGCUGCGAGGUAGAGGCCGCGGGGUACAGGUCCUUCAAGGGCGUCUGCUUCAACCUCGAGGUCGACCUCACCUACGAUACCCACAAGAAGUUCAACGAUCUCAGGAUGCAGUUCAAGAUGGUGCUGAACGGACCUGAGGACAACUCACUGUUCGGAUUUAAGAUCAACAACGACCACAGGUAUGCGCCAGUGCGCACUGUCAACUUCAGAGACAAGCGCAGUCCCUGGUCGGUCCAGGCCUUCUACAAGCGAGUGAGGUCCAACAUCGGCCAGAGCCUGAGUGCCUCCGUCACUGUGAGUCUGGUUCCUGCUGCUGACGACGGGAAGGACGAGGUAACGAUAGUUCCCCCGGUGCUAGACGCCGCCAGCGCCACCUUCACCACCAACACUACACUUCUCUGCCACGACAACACCACCUGCUUCGCCCAGCCCGACCUGCAGAUAGUUGCCUACACACGCCCGGUGACGUUGGGGAAGGACCUGGUGGAGGUGGAGGUGGAGCUUACAGUCAAGGACGACCCCGGCUACAAAGUGGAGGUUGAGAUCCGCCAUCCAGAGGGACUCGAGUUCCAGCGGGUGGAGGGGGAAGGGAGGAUCCCCUCCUGCAGUUAUCAUCAACUCGUCAACCAGAUCGCCGACUCCCUCACCUGCAUCUUUGAAUUCAUUGACGCUGAUGAGAUGGAAAGCUUCACUCUGCACUUCGCGUACGACGCGGCGCAGAUGUUGGCGUACUUGACCUCCCGCUCCUCCUCCGCCCUCCAGCUGACCCUCGGCGUCACCAGCGACACCGAGGCGGAAACUAACGCCCACAACAACCACGUCACCGUCAGCGUCCCCGUCGUCCUCAAGGCCAUCCUCUACACCAAGGCGUAUUCUGUCCUGGAGAGCGCGACGGUGGUGGUCAACCAGACGACUUCCAGCCAGGAGCUGCAGAAGGCCAAGAAGGAUCCCGACACAUCCUUUCCGGUCAACAAGCUCGGGCCUCAUCUCCUGCACGAGUUCUCUCUCACCAACCGUGGCCCGAGUCCCGUCUUCGGGGCCAGGCUGGUGUUCCAGCUGCCUCUCUACCACGAUGACCAGCUGCUGACUUACCACAUGGAGCAGCCCACCGUCAUCCCGUCCCAGGUCACCUGCUCCAUCCUUCCCACCAACCCUUUCCACCUGCAGUUAUCCAACACCAGCCCGCGUGACAACACCAGCCCGCGUGAAAACACCAGCCCGCCCGACAACACCAGCCCGCGUGACAACACCUGGCGCCUCUCUAUCAACACCGUCGCUGGCAACGCAGUUGCCAACACCAGCCGAGACUUCCUCCCGGGGCGUCGCCGUCGGCAGAUCCUCUCAAGAGAGGCUCAGGUGGGGAGCUUCGAACUGACUUCGCAGUCGCUCGAGUGGUCCUCGGCCCAUAUGGCCACCCGGCUACAAGACCACGAGAGAUCAUAUUACUCGAAGGACGUCCCCUCUAAGACUCUGGCAUGCAACCUCACCAGGUGCAGCGUCUUGUGUGAGGUGGGGCUGCUGGAGGCGGAGGCGACUGUGUCAGUGUCUUUCUCCAGUCACCUGAUUACUGCAGCAGUCAGUGAGAUGCCCUACAGGACCCUGAGUGUGGUAUCCUGGAUGUCUGCCGAGCUCGACCAAGAUAACAGUACCAUAAUUAACCCAUUAACUAAUGCCGUCACCCAAGUCUUCCUGCAGAGAGCUCUGGAGCGACGAAGUCUGCUUGAUGUCCCCUUGUGGAUCUUGCUGGUGGCUGUGGCUGCUUCAGUGCUGCUGAUCCUCCUCAUCAUUGCUGCUCUCUGGAAGGUUGGAUUCUUCAAGAGGACCCGACCGCCGACGGCGCCCCGGGGGAAGAGGCAGCUACUGCCUUCCAGCCAACAUGUCAACACGCAGUAAGAUGCCGACAGGUCUUGUGAGGCUCAGGAUCAGUCAGGGAAACGUGUCGAGCGAAGAGAAGAAAUCUUGUUUAGUUUCACUUACAUUAUUGAAGAUUUUUUUUCCUUGCGCUGUUUGUCAGUAAAUCCAAAAGGUUAUAUGAUGCGGUGAUCACAGGCCCCCCGAAGGUCUCCCACGAUCUUUAUUUAUUAUACUGACUAUUAACUGUUUAAUAAUACUGUCUGGUACCAGACCUGUCAACACUGGUUCAUCUUCCUUCUCAUUCAUUCGUAGUAUGUAAUACAAAAAACUUCUAUCUGGAUCUCGCUACCCAGUCGAUUUCUUCUGUGAUAAAAGUCACUAUUUAUUAAUAAUUUCGGUGUUAUAUCUGGUUUCUACUGUGGGUGUUAUCUCGCUCUUUUCUUAGUCUCUUGUUGUAUGGUGACAGGUUGUGUACGAUGACUAAAAGUAGCCUUCUUAACCAAUUUCAACCUUUACUGUAGUGUUCUUCUGAGAUUUAGUUGCCCCUAGCAUUGUUAUAUUUUAAAACCUUUGUUUUGCACAGAAAAAGACUUGCCUCCUCUUUCUUUGUUGCGCCUCAGACUAAGCGCAGGAGCAAAUGCAGCUGUAGGUUCUAGCUCAAGUACAGCUGAAAGUACCAGCACAAGUACAGCUGUAGGUACCAGCACAGGUAAGCUGUUGGUACCAGCACAAUUAUAGCUUUAAUUACCAGCACAAGGACAGCUGCAGGUGGCAGCACUCCACACCGUUUCACCGCCUAAUUUUGAGCAACCAUCACACUUUCCACACCGUGUUGUCAUCAUCCCGUAACGUCUUACGGUGGUCCAUAAGUGCGUCUCCACUUUACAAGAUGACCAGAAGGACGACUCUCAAAGCAUCAGUGUCCUUGUAUCGCUUUGUUAACUCCCUAGACCUCAAUGAACAGAUGUCUUCCCCGUGUCUCUCUGUACGGCCAGAACCCUCUUCGGGGCGAGACCCUGUUCAGGAAUAUCUAAUCUUACACGUCCUCAGCUUGCUUGUGUCGUGGACUCAGUCGUCGAGCUCUGCAGGUUAUCUGCUCUUAAAGACUUGGCACUGGCCUACAUGUAAACUUUUAUUGUUUUGCAGUAUUUUCUAUUUUCUAUAUUCUUAAUUUAUCUUGCCUCUUUACUGUAAUUCUCCUUUUGUGGGAGUUAAUACUGAGAAGGAACGGUGUUCUUUUUAUUGUUUUCUGAUGAAUGUUUGGUAAUAUUGUGAUCCAUUUUGUAUUGUAUUAUGUGCUGGCAGUAAAGGGCCGCUCCUCAGUAUGGCUUCCCUUAUAUUUGAGGAGCUCACAAUUCACUCAAAAAGCUUUACCCAAUACUUGCUAAAUUCUCACCCCUUCACUUUCGACCAUGGUCACAUACUUCUCGAUAUUUAUCAAUCCAAUUCCCCUUUAACUGGAGAUAUUAGAUCCCAAAGAUGGAACUCAAUUUCGCAGCCACAAAAAGUGACCUUGUAACUAAAAAUAAACCAUAAAACAGG